AUGUCUGACGAAUUAAUCUGGCAAGUUAUAAAUCAGCACUUCUGUGCCUACAAAAUUAAGACUGAUAAAGGUCAGAAUUUUUGCAGAAAUGAAUACAAUGUCACUGGUUUUUGUAACAGAUCGUCAUGCCCUCUAGCAAAUGCAAAGUAUGCGACGGUGAAGCAAAUUGAUGGGAAGAUAUAUUUAUACAUGAAGACAGCUGAGAGAGCUCAUACUCCUGCCAAGUUAUGGGAGAGAAUCAGGCUGUCUAAAAACUAUUCAAAAGCAUUAAAGCAAGUAGAUGAGCACCUUCUUUAUUGGAAUAAAUUUUUGAUUCAUAAAUGUAAGCAAAGGCUCACAAGGUUAACUCAAGUCAUGAUCACAGAGCGACGUAUGGCUCUGAGGGAGCAAGAACGGCAUUAUGUUGGUGUUGCUCCUAAGGUGAAGAGGAGGGAGGAAAAUAGGGAGAGAAAGGCGUUGGCUGCUGCUAAGAUUGAAAAGGCAAUUGAGAAGGAAUUAUUGGAUAGAUUGAAGAGUGGAGCAUAUGGCGAUAAGCCAUUAAACGUCGAUGAAAAGAUCUGGAAGAAGGUUCUAGGCCAAGUUGAAGAUGAAGAGGAAGACUACGAAGGGGAAGAACUAGAAGAUGAAGAAAGCGACAUUGGCGAAGUAGAAUAUGUCGAGGACGAUGGGGAAGAAGAAUUGGUGGAGAUGGAGGAUUUAGAGAAAUGGUUAGAUGAUUCAGAUGCUUCCUCCAUAAGUGAUAGUAGUGAUGAAGAUAGCGGAAAUGACUCUGAUAGCGAGGAAAGAGCUUCCAAGAAAGAUAAGGCUGCCGAGACCAAGAGAAAGCGUGCUAGAGUUGAGAUAGAGUAUGAAGAAGAAACGCAGCCUAAUCAAAGGGAAUUCGCGCAUUGA